AUGUCGUCGGCUGCUCUCCAGACGGCCCCUCCUCACCAGCCAACCGCGUUGUCGUCUUCUCUGCCUUCGCCCUCCAACCGCCAGUUCACGCAGCCGCAAUCUUCCCCCAAUCGGGAAAUCCACAAUGCCCAGCAGAGCGCCUCAACACCACCAUCGUCAAGGCGUCCUCCCUCUCACAAGCCCAGCGGCCCCGGCGCCUCUGUCCCAUCAGACCCCAGCGCUCCUGUGAGCUCUCGCAUUCCCACCAGCGCGACUCGUGCGGCCGACCAACACUCCAGGACUGACCGCCUGUCAUCGGCGCCUACCGCCCCUCCACGAACCUCAUCCAACAAUCCGGACGCCAGCCAGGGCCGCAGCGAAAAGAUGAACAAUUCUCCGCGCCGUGUGCAGACCGACGGCUCACGGAUCGCCCCUCGUGGUGACACAAAUGGCAACGCCGACCAUGCUCGGAGCAAGAGGGCUCAGGGCUACCACACGCCGCAGGAUGCGGCCGCAGCCCAGGCGGUGCCCAGCGUUCGAAGUGGCCAUGCCGCCGAAACUCCUUCUUCCAUCCCCAUCCCCAUCCGUACUCAUCAGACAGCAACAAACUCUAAGCCAUCGCGCGAGGCGAGCGAAAACCUGUACCGGGUCAUUUCCAACGGCGAAGAAGCGACCGGGCGAGGAGCCUACCAGAACCCAUCCCACGACGUCGAUCCCGCCGCGCCUCCUCCUAUUGUGUCCAUGAAUGCGGGCUCCGAGGAACGACGCGGCGCUCGAAGCCGCCAUGACCACAGUCGCAACAACAAGGCGACUACCAAGUUUGGCGAUUUCAUCCUAGGAAACACCAUUGGUGAAGGAGAGUUUGGAAAGGUGAAGCUUGGCUGGAAGCAGGAUAGCAGCGUGCAAGUUGCCAUUAAACUCAUCAAAAGAGAUACCGUUGGCCACAACCCAUCUCGGCUGGCCAAGAUUAAGCGCGAAGUUACUAUUCUCCGCGGCAUUCACCACCCGAAUAUUGUGCGAUUGAUAGACAUGGUUGAAACCGAUAGAUACAUUGGCAUUAUUCUCGAGUAUGCAUCUGGAGGAGAGCUCUUUGACUACAUUUUGAACCACCGUUAUUUGAAAGACAACUCGGCGCGCCGACUCUUCUCUCAGCUGGUCUCUGGAGUGGGCUACCUCCACAAGAAGGGCAUCGUGCACCGUGAUCUGAAGCUGGAAAACUUGCUCCUGGACCGCAAUCGAAACAUCAUCAUCACUGAUUUUGGCUUUGCCAAUACGUUCGACUCUCACGACGAGCUGACUGAGGAGGAAGAGCUGAACCUUUCGGACCGCGACUUUGUCAAGCGGCUAGGUCUCGACAAGAUUAAGCCUAACGGCAUGCGCAAGGGUGAUUUGAUGCAGACUAGCUGUGGAAGUCCCUGCUAUGCCGCACCAGAGCUCGUCGUGAGCGAUUCGCUGUACACCGGAAGGAAAGUUGAUGUGUGGAGCUGUGGUGUCAUCUUGUAUGCCAUGCUCGCUGGCUAUCUUCCUUUCGACGAUGAUCCUGCUAACCCCGAAGGCGAUAACAUCAACCUUCUUUACAAGUACAUCGUUACGACACCACUGACAUUCCCCGAAUACGUGACACCACACGCCCGAGAUCUAUUACGACGAAUUUUGGUACCUAACCCGAGAAAGCGAGCCGAUUUGUUUGAGGUGGCGCGCCAUAGCUGGUUGAGCGAAUACGCUCACGUUGUUGAGUUCAUUACCAGCUCGACCACUUCUCCAUCCGAGGUCCAGAGCGUCAGCGCCACAGGCUCUGACUAUGCUGAGGCCCCCAUGGUUACGAGAAGCGCUUCUGUCCGCGAAGCGCCAAAGCAAAAGACUCCACAGCCCACUGCUGUCGGUGGCCUAGUCAAGGCGCACGGCAAGAUCGAUUCUCCUCCCGAAACUACCCAGCGCACUCCCAAAGACGCCAAACGCCGCACUGUCCAGGUCGAGUACGUCGCGCCCAUCACUCAGACACAGCGUGGCGGCCUCGAACCGGAGGCUGCCAGGCACCAGUCUCGGCCAACUUCUCGACAUCAUCAGGAGACGGAAGAUUUGUCGGUGGACGACAGACAUGUCUCACACUCACGACCGCAGUCAAAGAGAGGGCCGGCUACAGCGGCGCAAACGACCGGAAUGCCCCAACCGACACGGCCGUCGCGAGAUGUUCGUGCGACCUCGGACAACACAUAUUCCAUUAGCAUCCCUGCGGCGACUACCAACCGACCCCGUACUGGCAAUUCUAGAGAAUCUGCUACUUCUCUUGGCUUGCAGUCUGGAGGCAAUUAUGGCCAGCCCGCCCCCCCUGCCAUCGCAGAUACCAAUGUUCAAGGCCGCAUCCAACAACCUUCCAAUGCUGAGGAGGAUGCUAUUGAAAGAACUAACACCAAUGUGCCCCCCAAAUUUGCGCGGAUGUCGGGCUUUCAUGAGCCUAAGAGCAGUGAUGGAAAGGGACACAAGAGGUCCAAUACGAUAGGAGAGAUUGGCUCGAAGCUUUUGGGUCGCAGCGGGUCCAUGUUUGGACGCAAGGGGAAGAAGGCCGAACAGCCAAUCGAAAAAUCCAAGAAGUACCCUCCUAUUAGCAUGGCUAAUUCUGGAAUGGUAGCAGCAACAGGUGCAGAGGAACCCCAGUCACGGCGGUCGAUAGACUCGAAGGCGUCACGCCGAUCUUUUACUCUUGGGCUUGGCAAGAAGAGGAGCGGAAGUAUAAAUGGCUCUCAAGACUCGAUCGUCGACAAGAAAGAGCGCCGACGGUUUUCGCUUCUCCCCGCAUCCUUUUCUCUCAAAUCGUUCAACCCCCCCAAGGACUAUGGAAGUGCUCCCCCUUCUGAGUACCAAUCUCAGCAAGACCUACCCAUCCAAAACCCUCGCACUGCUGACCUUGGCCGGAGCGUCACAUCCCACGGAGGCAGCACACCUUUCUUUGACAACGCAUAUGACGGCCAGCCAUUAGAUACGGCCGUAUCUCACCCGACUCAAAACAACAACUUGGCCCCGGCGGAUGCUGCUAGGCGACCUAAUGCAAUCCCACAGUACUUGCAACAAAGCACCCAUCUCAAUAGUGCAUCCGACACCUCAGUGGACCUGCGUCCGCCUCCUGGAGUGAGGCAGGGCCCUUAUCAGUACGGAUACACCCAAUCUGAAGGCUUUGAUGGACGGGGAAUCAAUUCCAGCAGGGGAGUGUUACAGAAACCUCACAAACGCUUUGUGGAUGCCUACGACCAAGGAGAUUACCGAGGCCAUGAGGGAAGCAGUGGAGCUGCUAAGCGUGUCAUGGACUUUUUCCGGAGAAGAGGCAAAGCUAGGGGGGGAGACGACCGAUAA